AUGGAGGUGGGCCUCGGCAUCCACGGGGAGCCGGGGCUGCGGGUGAAGGCCACCGCCAGCACCUCCGCCAAGGAGAUUGUGGAGACCAUCAUGUCACAGCUGGCCAAACAUGUCCCGCGCAAGGUCCCACUGUGCGUGAUGCUGAACAACCUAGGCUCAGUGCCGCAGAUUGAGAUGCAGCUCAUCGCGGGGCAGGUGAUGAACACAGAGCUGGGACCUCGUAUCAAGUUGCUGAUCGGGCCUUCACACUUAAUGACUGCCCUGGACACCAACGGCAUCUCCAUUAGUGUGCUGCCCUUGGAGGACAGGCACCGGAAGUGCGGCACAGCGCAGGCCUUGGACAAGCAGCGCGAUGGCGACACCCUGGACGGAGCAGUCCGAACCACGACUGUGCACUUCCGAGAGCCUGAGGCUCCGACGGCGCGCACUACUGAGCGUUGCGAGACGGUGGAGAGCCUGGCCUUUUUCUCCCAGGCCUCCGAGGAGUCACCCCCAAACAGCAUGAACGGAAAGCAAAGCUCCCACGUCCCUCGCAUGGAGAGCUUCACGGAGACGGAAGUGCUGGAGCCGCCGGAGGGGAAGGAGAGCUUCCGCUGCCCUCGCAAGGUGAGCUUUGCAGAGACGGAAACGCCCAUGGAAAGACAGGUUAGCUCCCAGAGCUACCCUCGCAUGGUGAGCUUUACAGAGACUGAAAUGAUGGAGCCGGAGAGCAUGGAGGAUGACCUCUCAUUCGGCAUGUCCGACUCGGAGGACCCCGAGCACUUGGAAUUGUUCCCGAGCAACUUCAGUUUUUUAUGCGAGCUGCGAGCCAUUGGCGCAUGGCGACAGAAGCACAAUGGCAUGCUUCAGCGUAGCGACCACACGGCGACCUGGGCCAACACAGCAGCUAGUUAG